CAUUGUCUGGACAGCCGCUGGUCCGGUGGUCCCCCGCGGUGGGGGCGGCGGCGUGUUAGCUUGAGGGUCGCUCUGGGUGUCUGUGCUCGACCCACCGGCCCGGGAUGGACCCCGAGGACAGAGCGGCCGUGGUGACAAUGGCCGUGCCUCCGCCGGCUGCACGGCUUCAGGAGCCAGUGACCUUCCGGGAUGUAGCUGUGGACUUCACCCAGGAGGAAUGGGGACAGCUAGACUCUACCCAGAGAACACUGUAUCGUGAGGUGAUGUUGGAGACCUUCCGGCACCUUCUGUCUGUGGGUCCUGAGCUUCCCAAACCCGAAGUCAUCUCUCAGCUGGAGAAAGGAGCUGAGCUAUGGGUGGAGCGAGGAGUCACCCAGAGCUGUCAUCCAGGUUGGGCACUUGGACCAGAAGGCUUCAUGUUCCUCAAGUCUCAGGACCUUCCUGAGGAGGAGCCAUCCCCUGGCACAGAAAGGAAAGAGUUCCCAAAAGAGCCUCCAUGGCCUUCCAUGACAGUGGGAGCCUCGGAGAGUGAGGGUCGGCCCCAGUCUCUGUGUCAAGACCCAAGUAACUUGCAGCAGUUGGAAUUUGGCCUCAAAGAUGAAGCCGUUCAAAAUCAAAACUAUGACGGUCACAGACUUGGGGGAAACUGUGUCCUGCGUUCCAACCUAGAUCAAUUCCUAGAGAUUUCUAGGAGAGAACAUUUCUGUACUUAUGACUCACAAGUUAAAGACUCUGAAUGUAACUCAAGCUUAGUCAGUCAGCAGCAGAUAGGCCUCCCAGGAGCACAGGCUUGUGACUACAGACAGUGUCACAAAGCCACCGAGCAGACUGUCCCUGGGACAGAACUCACAAGGAGCCCCAUGCAGGAUAAACCCUACAAGUGCACUGACUGUGGAAAGUCAUUUAACCACAAUGCGCACCUCACGGUACACAAGAGGAUUCAUACAGGAGAGAGACCUUACAUGUGCAAAGAGUGUGGGAAAGCCUUCAGCCAGAACUCCUCCCUUGUUCAACACCAGCGAAUCCACACUGGAGACAAGCCCUAUAAGUGUGCUGAAUGUGGGAAGUCUUUCUGCCAUAGUACACAUCUCACAGUCCACCGGAGAAUUCACACCGGAGAAAAGCCUUAUGAGUGUCAGGACUGUGGGAGGGCCUUCAAUCAGAACUCGUCACUUGGCCGGCACAGAAGGACACACACUGGAGAGAAGCCGUACACCUGCAGUGUUUGUGGAAAGUCCUUCUCUCGGACCACCUGUCUCUUCUUGCACCUACGGACUCACACGGAGGAGAGGCCCUAUGAGUGUAACCACUGUGGGAAGGGCUUCCGGCACAGCUCCUCCCUGGCGCAGCAUCAGCGAAAACAUGCUGGGGAGAAGCCCUAUGAGUGCCAACAGCGGAUGAUUUUUGAGCAGACGCCAGCUUUCACAAAGCAUGAGUGGACAGAAACCAUUGGCUGUGCCUCACCUCUGAGUCAGGAUGAGAAAACUCACCAGAGUGACAGACCCUUUAAAUGUCAUCAGUGUGGGAAGUGCUUCAUUCAGAGCUCUCACCUCAUUCGACAUCAGGUAACGCACAGCAGAGAGGAACCCCACGGGCGUACAAGAAGACGUGAACGGUCCUGUGCUCAGAACACCCAGCUUGUUCAGCAGCAGCAGCCCAAUUCAGGAGAGGACCCAGGGGGUCAGGCAAAAGCAGGACAGCCAGCAAGCAAGGCUCUGGCCUUGUUUGACAUCCAUGAAAUCAUGCAGCAGAAAAAUCCUGUUCAUGUUAUUGGGGUAGAGCAUCCCGUAGGUGCUUCCAGGCUACUUGACAUCAAAGACUCAACGUAGGAGUUCUUCAGAAAACAUUUGAACCACAGGUGCACAUGUGGUAAGUCCACAGGGCGUAUUAGUGGCAAGAAAGGCUGGAGCAGAAAUGGCUUAGUGACUCUUGGCAUCAUAUGUAAGUGGUGCAUCCUAGACACCUGAGGUUGGCGGUUCCCAAAUCUGUCAGACCCACUGCCCACUUUGUAGCAGAUGUCUGUGUGUGUGCAUCCACAUGCACAUGGGUGCCAGUCCUGGGGCUUAAACUCAG